AUGGAAGCAGAGAAUAUGUUCGAGGUAACUAGAGAUCUAGUGGUCAUUAUGUGUGGGACGUGGGAAUGCAGAAGAAACGGUGUUUGGGAUUUCACGAUUGACAAGAAGCAGAUGGGAAGAUGCUUCAAUGUUGGUGCACGAGUGAAACCUACGUUUACGUACUGGGUUCCAUGUACGAUACCCCUCAUAGAUACCGUAAAGAAUCCACCGGUCGCUUUUACGACAGAUGAGGGCUUUUACAACUACAAGGCCAUGAGAGCCAUGAAUAAAGGAGUAACCCUAUUUGUUGAGUUCAGAUCCGUACAGUUCCCAGGGCAAGAGUACAGUGCAGACGGUGGGUGGCACAGAGAACUCGUGUACAGCCCAGAAGAUGUAUUCCCCGCUAACUGUACACGAGCGAGUGGAGACAGUCAGACACCACAUAGUCUAGAAGGGGAGGAUGAAGCAGUUUGGGGUGAUGACCCAGCUUCAGAUGAGGAAUUUGAAGAUUCUGACGGGAGUAUUAGACAUGAAUCAGAAGGCGAGGAAGAUGAAGAGUACGAUAUGGAUCAUUGGACUGACCUUAUAAGUCGUGAGUAUGGGGCAUGGGCGGACGAACCUAAGGAUGAUGGAACGACUUCGGGCGUGGACGGCGCAGAGGAAACGGUGGAGGAAGAAACACGGCAGCUAAGUACAUUCGUCCCGCUAAGCCUCCAAAAUAUGUACGCCGACAUACGUAGCGACGAAGGGUUUUACGCUGUGGACGCCGCGCCGAUGUUUGAUGAGUUCGAUGAGAUUGACCGAGACCUUUGUUAUAUAGACUUUGCAACAACAGAAGAUGCAGUGUACAAAGGACAGACGUUCAAGAACAAGAGAGAGUCUCAGAUCACAUAA